AUGCUCACUUCGAAUCCGAGGUUAUGCACGAUCAAAGCAAACAUCACCAGCCGUACUCUGGCUUCGAACCUCAAGGCAAGCUUUCAGUCCGCCCCAGCUUCUACAACAGCAAUCACAACCUGGCUUUCAGCCGCGGAAGAGAGGCCGAGACCAGCCAUUACAGCUGAAAUAAAAGUCGACAUUGAUUGGUACGCCUUCAACAGCAACAACUCCGUCUAUCGCACGGCCAGUCGCCUCUACUACAGUCUCGAUUUGCCAGUCAACCCUGGUCUCAAAUACCUCUUCGGCAUCGCAGGACGUCGUGGCAUUGACAAGCAGCUUGUCGUCGCUUCCGCAGCUCAGCUCCAGAAGACGCAUUAUUGGAACUCGCCCGACUUCCAACUUCCGGGGAAGUGCUUUGAUGAAGGAUCCUACGGCAGAUUCAUCAGAAACGUCCGCUUUCCCUGCUCGCACUUGCCCAUUUCUUCGAAUGCUACCGUGAUGGACUCGCUAGCUAUGUAUUCGACCCCAGCCGUGCGAACUCUGUUUGGAGACCCGGCGCGAAAAGUGAAUCCUCCCUUCUAA